GUGUCGCUUUACCAACCUGGACUGGAAGGUGAAUGGGUAUGAGUUGGAGUCUGAACUGAAGAUCGGAAAGGUGGAGCUGAUCAAUGAUUUCGUAGCUCAGGGCUACGGAAUGUUGACCCUGGCAGAUGACGAGGUCACCCGGCUGAAUGAUGUGGAGCCAGAAGAGUUUGGCACCAUCGCAUGCGUGGGAGCUGGUACAGGUUUGGGGCAAUGUUUCUUGGUUGCGGACCACAAAACCGGCGAGUACCGAUGUUUUCCAAGCGAAGGACAGCAUGGAGAAUUCGGACCGAGGGGUGCUGGCUCUGACGAACUUAAACUGGAGUUGCUGAAGUAUUUGAAGAUCAAGUUCUCCAACGCCGGCAACCGGAUCUCCACUGAACGUGUGGUCUCAGGAACUGGGAUUUGCAACAUCUACGAGUUUUUAGCGUACAAGCACCCCCACGAAGUGGAUGAAGAGGUGCAUCAGUUGCACAACGAGCGGCCGAAGGAUGCUGGCUUGAUCGCCAUGAAUGCGACACCCGGCUCCUUAUGCGAAAAGACCUUAAAGAUCUUUUCUGAUGCCUAUGGAGCCCAAUGUGCAACAUUUGCACUCUAUGUGCAGCCCUUCGGAGGCGUUUACAUCACAGGCGGUGUGACCAAGAAGAUGCGCGAGUGGCUCCUCAAAGAGGGCUCUUUCAUGAAGGCUUACUAUGACAAAGGCCGACUGACACCGGUGCUACACCGGGUACCUUUGAUGAUUGUGAACAGUGAUGAUAUGGGCCAGCGUGGUGCCCACCUGCGAGCUGUGAUGCUCCUCAAGGCAGAGGUUGAACUCCAAGCCAAGCGGCUCUUCGAUGCACUCGACGUCAACAACGACGGGGUCCUGUUCUUGUCAGAGUUGGAAGGUCUUUUUGAGAUGGCUGGGAACAAAGUUGGUCGGCGGCGUCACAGGUUGGAUAUGGCCGCGCGGUUAAUGGAAGAAUUGGAUUCUGACAAGAACGGUGCGGUGACUUUCGCAGAGUUCAUGAAGGGAUACAACAAACUCCCGACACGGAUGGUCUCCGAGUCAGCCUUCUUGCACGACCCCAACGAUCCACACCAUCAGGCAGCAUCUAUGGAGAUGCAAGAGUUGGUAUCUCCGCCUGACAGAGGCAAUGAUCCUGAUAGUCAAGCAGCUUUGGCAGAGGAGCUUCGCAAGUUCCAGAGCAAAGAGAGGCGGAAGGCUAUCGAUCCUUUCCAGGACUCUCAUGCCCCGCUCUUCCAGACCAGGUUGUACAAGCGCCUCACUGACAAGGAUCCAGCCAAAGAGGACUCAUGGCUGCAUCGGGUGUACUGGGUGAGCAACUCAGGCGGCAUCAACUACCAUAGUGUCACAGAGGGCAAGGCAUUGCAAUACAUUGGGCCCGACCGUGUUGCCGACAUGAUCUUCACUAAAAUUCCGGACGACAAAAAGUCCUGCAAAAAGCAUCGAUUCCGCAUUGAACCUCCCCCAGACGAAGACAAUCUGUCGCCGCCCACGGAGUUUGCAGCUCCCUCACAGGAUGUCUUGGAGCUUUGGAUGAUCGAGCUUGCAGCCCUCAAGAAGAAGGCUCAGGAGAAAAGAGCUCGGAAGUGAUGCUCCAGGUCAGCUCUGAGCCUGGCGUCUACAGUGUCUACAGUAUAGUAUCCAGAUGCAGGCAGGAUCCAUCAGCCCGGGAUUUAAAAAGCUGCGCCCGAACCUUUG